UCGACUGCUACGUGAAUACACAAGAAGAUAUAAACAGAAUAAAUGUAGAACAGAGUGUUUCGGCGAGGGCUAAUUGUGAGAAUUACCAGUUUCAUGUGUACACGGGAGGCAACAAUGACGCAUAUCGUGGUUGCGGCGGCUGUCAUUGCUGUAAAUAUAAAGGGUGCAGAACUGGAGGUUCACGCAGUUACUUUGGUACCUGGAGUCAGACCAGGUACGGACGUCGGUGCCAGCGUUGGGAUUCACAGACCCCGCAUGCACACACUCGCAACAAACCGUCUUUAUUCCCACAAGAUACUAGCGUGUAUGAUGCACACAACUAUUGCAGGGAUCCCGAUUACGAAGGAAGUCCUUGGUGCUACACUGAAGAUCCGAGUGUGCGGUGGGAGUAUUGCAUUGUUCCAGAAUGUUAACCAGCUGUUCGAUGAAUGUAUGAGCUUCUAAAAACAACCUACGCUUGAACAUUAUACUAGAAGACAAUGAAUGAUUUAAAACUAUAAUGUAUUUUGGCUUACAUGAGGUCUGAACAGUAAAAGUUUUAUAUUCAAUUUCUUUAUAAAUUUCAAUUCAGAGAACCUAUUUAUAACAUCAUUAUACUUGUUGACUAAUGUACCUGUAAAGGAUGUUUUAAACCUGCAUUUCUUUUUUUUCUUUAUUUAGAAAAAUUCAAUUCAAAUGUUACAAACAAGCCCUAUGGCUUUUUCAAUACUACACUAACAAUCACCACUUACUACAAAGUAUAUCUUCUGACAAGAAAGCGUUAAAAUCGAUCUAUAGAAAUAGCUAUGAUACAUUAAUAACAAUUUAACAAUUUCAUGUAGAUAUUACUGUUCGAUUACACUACCGAUAAUAAAAAAGUUGUUAUUUUACCCCACUUUUAUACAUUUCCAGUCAAUUAUCUACAUUUCAGUUCUAAGUUAAUCUAAUUCUGAAUGUUGCAUAUGCAUAAUCAUUUUUAUUAUGAGUUCUAAUAAUGUUUAAAAUGUUUUUCAAAAACACCAGCUACUAGAGAACAACAUGACCAACUUAUCCACAAGAUAUAUAAUUAUUCAUGUAAAAACAUUCUUCUCCACACUAUUAACUUUGUUCUUGAAUAGGAAUUCAAAUUAAAGAAUUAAAUAUCGAACAAGGCGUCAGUAUACCACUUUCACUGGCUUAGAAGAUCUACAAGAGUCCAUCCCUGUUGUUUAUCUUCUCUACAUGUUUUA